AUGAAGAACCGAAUCCCCUCCCUAAGGCCUCUCUGCCACCAGCGAGCGCAAGUCCUCCCCCUCCGUCGCAACCAUUCAACAAGCAAACCUCCGAAUGCGCAACCGCAACCGCGGCCGCAGCCCAACAACAAACUGCAAUUCAAAGACAUCCCUGCCACAGCAGUGAACUACUACUGGGACACGCAAGCGCCGGAUGAAAGCCAGCUAGCCUACGCGGACAAAGUCUUCGCACCAUCGCGCCACUCUCCAGUCAAGCUCUGGACUCUGAGCAAGUUCCGCACGACGCCGCUCUCCUCGACGACCCCGGAAGUAGCGUUCCUAGGUCGGUCGAAUGUUGGCAAAAGCUCCUUGUUGAAUGCCCUCAUGGGGCAGGAGAUAUGCUGGACGUCGUCGAAACCAGGGCGCACGCAGACGAUGAACGCAUUCGGAAUUGGAGGGACAAAGGGCGGCGAGUCGAAGGUAGUAUUGCUUGAUAUGCCGGGGUACGGCAAGGGAAGUCGAUCAGAAUGGGGGGCUGAGAUUAUGAAGUACUUAAAGAAUAGGAAGCAACUCCGCCGCACCUUCAUCCUAAUCGACGGCCAGCACGGCAUCAAGCACUCCGACGAAGGCAUCCUCGAAUUAUUCCGCCACUACGCCAUCCCACACCAGAUUAUCGUCUCAAAAGUGGAUAACAUCAUGGCGGCGAGAACGAGCCAGCUCGCGACUGGAGUAACGGAGGAACGUCUGCUCCAGACGCAGAAGAAGAUACAGGAGCUGCGUCCUAUCAUCCAGCCUGUUGGUCGGGAUGAAGGUCCUGGUGCUCUAGGCGAGAUUUUGACAUGCAGUUCGAAAGUCCUCAGAACUCCUGGGAAUUAUUUGGGAAUUAGUCCCAUUCGGUGGGCUAUCUUGUCUGCUGCUGGCUAUGAUGGGACGAUGGAGGUGAGGUCUAGUCAUGGCCAACCUGAUUUGACGGGGGUGAGUGAUCAAGUAGGUCACCAUCUGAAAGAUUUGCUACACUGGUCCCGCGGAAUGACCAAGGUAUGUGUGGCCUCCAUGCAAGUCCGUUGUUGCACAAGCUCCACAUGCCGUUUGAGCCUGCACCAUGGUCUAUGGACCCCUAACGACCGCGCCAUCUUACACCACGCUUCCCCGGGGGGCGGGGGAUCCGUAGUCUUAUUUGACUAUGUCAACGACGGAGCUAUGCGCUUCCAGGCUAAAGAUGGUCGACAAAGAUAG